AGCGCCUGGCAGCCCACUCCGGCUGCUGGCGCAGCUGAGCCCGGCGGCUGCAGCGAGGGGAGCGAGGCAGUCGCGGCUGUCUGGCUUUCCUGCGCUGAUGGAGGUCAUGUUGGCUGGGCAGCAAACAGGAGGAUUCAAAGCAAAAUCUUGAAAAUAUUUUCCAGACCCUUUCUCCCUAAUGUCUGAAUUUAGCAGCAUUUGGGUUCCUUUGCAGAAGAGAGAUGUGGUCAUACUGGAAUAAAUCCAGACUAUGAAGACACACUCAGUGAUGGCUGAGAGCUCAGCUGUGACUGCAGCAGUGCCAGGGAGAGCAGCACCAACCAAGCUAGAGGAGCUCCUGGAGAUCACUGCUCAGAGCCUGGUGCACACUGAGGUGUCAGAGCACUACAAGGUUAUUCGGGAGCUGGGCAGGGGCAAGUACGGCCAUGUGAUGCUAGUGACCCACAGGCAGAGAGGGACUCCUAUGGCUCUCAAGCUGCUCCCCAAAGCCAGUACCAAGUUGCACACCUUUCUGUAUGAGUAUUGUGUAGCACUGUCCCUCGCCACCCACCCUGCCAUCAUUGGCAUGUUUGGAAUUGCCAUUGAGUCCAGCCAGUACUAUGGUUUCCUCUAUGAACCAGCGCUCCACAAAGACCUCAUCUCUAUCAUCAAACCCCACGAUGGGAUUCCUGAGCUGGCCACAAAGCAGUGUGCCAAGCAGCUCGUGAGUGCGCUGGAGUUCAUCCACAGCCGGGGGCUGGUGUACCGUGAUAUCAAGCCUGAGAAUGUGCUGCUUUUCGAUCCCGACUGCCGGCUCAUCAAACUCACUGACUUUGGGCUCACACGGCCCAAGGGUACCAAGCUCAAGCUGGUGGCUGGGGUAAUCCCCUACACUGCACCUGAGCUGAGCAACACUGCUGAUGCUCAGGGAGUGCCCAUUGACAGCAGCAUGGAUGCCUGGGCCUUCGGGGUGCUGCUUUUCUGCCUGCUGACUGGCUAUUUCCCCUGGGAGCAGAGCCUGCCAGAGGACCCUUUCUUUGAGGAUUUCAUGCAGUGGCAGGAGACAGGCCUGGAAAAGGAUGUGCCCCGGCACUGGAAGCGCCUGACAGCCGAGGCUGCUGGGAUGCUGCGGGGCCUGCUGGCUCUAGAUCCCACCAAACGUAGCCCCGUCAGUGGGGUGCUGUGCUAUGUUGACUGCCCAUGGAGGCUGGAGGGUGGGCACAGUGAGGAGGCUGCCGUGAAGUCCUAGAUCCUGCUCCCCAUGGCAGGAGGGAAGGAGGGUCUCAGCCUGCAAAGGGCUUCAGGGUUUGGGCACCAUGGUGGCCUGGGAAUGAGAGGCCUUGGUGACUCAGAGAGCAACUUCUCUGCAGCACUGUCCCUGCUGCCACAGUCAAGCUUCUUCCCCAGAUGAUUGUCCUCACCCCAUGACUCAGUGCUGCUCAGUGCCACCUCCUUGUGGCCUGAAAACAUCUUUCUCAUGGAAAUGACUGUGUGUGAAGCAUCCAUUUGUUUCAUAGCCACGGGAACUCCAGGGAGUUAUUUAGGCUGCAGCACCUGCCAUGUCUCAAAAUAUGUACUUUUGUGUUUCUGUAUGUGGCUCGUUUUCCCUCAUAAUAAAUGAUUGUUGGGACACA